GCAGUGUAUUAGUGAGUCUGAGCAAAAGGGAACGCUGGCCCUUGUAUGUCACUGAGGCAAGAUGAAUGAAGGAGGAGAGGAGCGUCUUUGAAAGAUUUGCUGGCGAUUCACUCUUGUCAGUCUGUUAUGGUUUCAGUAAAUGCUUCGACAUGCAGUGAACAGUAACAGGAGGCAGCUAUGGGAAGCAGAGGGGGCGGCCGCCGCCGGAGGGGCUAUGGACCCACCGGGUUUGAGGAGGCGGGCGGGUACAUGGCUGCAAAGAUUGCCAAAUUGGAGCACCAGUACGAGGACUCUGUCACCGCUGAUGGAGAGGAAGAGAGGAAAGGCUUAUUCAGUGGUGUAGCAAUAUUUGUAAAUGGAUAUACAGAGCCCACAGCGGAGGAGUUGAAGCGCGUGAUGAUGGUGCACGGCGGGACCUACCAUCACUACUACUCCCGCUCCAAGACGACGCACAUCAUCGCCAACAACCUGCCGGACACCAAGAUCAAGAACAUGAACACCGAGAGGAUCGUCAGCCCCAAGUGGAUCACAGAUUCGCUCAGUGCUGGUCAUCUCCUGGACUACACAAAGUACAUCCUCUAUGGCCAUCAGUCCAGAAGUCAGCCUCGGUUGCAGUUCAAGGCUGUACCAUCGCCUAAGAAGAGUGUAGGAGAGUCAUCUGGGACUAUGAAACAAGAACCUUCAAGCCCAGAAAAACGAAAAUUAGAAAGUUGCCAGAAGGUAGUAAGUUCUGCAAUGGAUGAUGACUCUGUUGAACAUAACAUAAAGACUGAAAGGCCAGACUCCAAGGAUACCAAAGCAGGUGCUGAGAGUGAAAGCGAGCAAGACAAGCACACAGUGACGGCUCCCAAUGCCCCCAGCACUAGCACUAGCAGCAGCACAUUCCACAAGAGUCCGCUGAAGGGGCAUGCCAUGAGCACUGCCAAUCCAAGGUUUCUCACAGAAUUUUACAGUAACUCUAGACUCCACCACAUAUCAACCAUGGGGGCAAUGUUCAAGGCCUAUGUCAACGAGCUGCAGAACAAGUGUGAUGGUUUUCCUGGCCGAGACAAACUGAAGAGCUGGCUAAGAAGUAGAAAUCCCAGCCAGGAUCCCCCACAACCCUCAGGUCCUCCUCCCAAAAGCAAAAGAGUAAUCAUGCACAUAGACAUGGACUGCUUUUUCGUGUCCGUUGGCCUCCGCAAGCAUCCAGAGCUCCAUGAUAAACCAGUUGCUGUGACUCACGCCCGAGGCAACCCCCAGGGACAGGCUCGGGAGGGAAUGGAUCGGCAGUAUGAGCUGAACUUCUACAAGCAACGAGCCGAGAAGAAACUAAAAGCCAAAAUACAGGCAGCAGGAUGUAAAGUUACAGAAAUGGUAAAGAGUGAUAUAAAGGAGGCAGUGGAUGAUGCUGAGGAUGCAGAGCAGACUGACAGAAACCCAGAUAAGAAGUUUUCCACGAUUCACCUCAUUGACGAGACGAGUUCCAUGUCCGAGAUUGCUUCCUGUAACUACGAGGCGCGCAAGGCCGGGGUGAAGAAUGGCAUGUUCCUCGGCCCGGCCCUGAAGCUGUGCCCCAGCCUGCAGACCAUCCCCUAUGACUUCGAGGGAUACAAGGAGGUCUCUUACAAACUCUAUGACAUUGUGGCAAGCUUCACCCAUGACAUAGAGGCUGUCAGCUGUGACGAGAUGUUUGUGGACCUGACAGAACUCCUUCAUUCCUGCCAUGUGUCACCCAUGGACUUCACAACAUACUUGAGGGAGAGAGUACAAAAAGAAACAGGGUGUCCCUGCUCUGCCGGCCUGGGACCCAACAUGCUGGUGGCCCGCAUGGCAACGCGUUUGGCCAAGCCCAACGGCCAGCACUGGGCUGACCCUCAGGACCUGACACACCACAUGAAGGACCACAAGGUCACGGAGCUUCCAGGUGUUGGUUGGUCCACUGGACGACAGCUGGAGGCUGAGGGGCUCAUGACCUGCGGGGACCUACAGCAAUGUUCCCUCAGUCACCUGCAAACACUGUUUGGGCCCCGCACCGGCCAGUCCCUCUACAACUACUGUCGCGGAGUGGACAGUCGACUCGUCAAGAGUGAACAUGUGAGGAAGUCUGUGUCAGCAGAGGUGAACUAUGGCAUCCGCUUCACCUGCCACAGUGACGCCUACAAGUUCAUCAGUGAGUUGGCAGCCGAGGUGGAGAGCAGACUGCUAGCCAUCAAGAUGAAGGGGAAGUGCAUCACACUCAAGCUAAAGAUUCGUGCCAAGGAUGCGCCCGUAGAGACAGCCAAGUUCAUGGGCCACGGCGUGUGUGACAACAUUGCCAAGUCUGCAUCCCUAAAUUGUGCCACAUCAUCUGCAGACGUCAUUGAAAGGGAGACAUUAGUUCUACUGAAACAAAUAAAAAGUCCACCACAAGAUUUCAGGGGAGUUGGAAUUCAGGUGUCUCGCCUGGAACCUGAAUGUGGAGCAAAGCCUCUGGGUGCAUCAAUAAAAAGUUUCCUGCUGGCAGCCAGACAAAAAUCCUCCAGUGUUGGAACAAAUGCCACAGGAAGCCCAGGCGCAAAAAUUUCUCCUGUUGGAACUGUGUCUAACUUGUCAAGAGAAAAAAAUGCUGUAGUGACACCAGCAGAAGGUGCAGAAAAGUCCCCUGACUCACCAAUGAAGAACUUUCUGCUGAGAGCCAAAAGGAAAACCUUUGAAAUUGGAACAAGUUCCACGAGUGCUGAAGACAUGGAUAUCCAUUCAACUCCUGAAUCAUCUAUGUCAAAAAAAGAAAAUGCUGCAAUGGCUGUGGUGAAGAGCUCAAGUGAACACCGGCCAGGCCAUCCAGGGCAUGACACAGGCCAGCCAUCAGACACAGGUCACGUGCUGCCUGUCAGUCACACACCAACAAGUACAACAAACAGCAACUCUAAUGAAGCCAAAAGCAUCGACAUGGAGGUGCUGUUGGCACUGCCUGAGGACAUGAGAGAUCAGGUAAUAGCAGAGUACCAGCAACAGGGCUACAUCAUCCCUGCCCUCCCUGGUGGCAGAGGCAGCAAGAGCAGCCACAGGGGCAGUGCUGCUGAGGCACAGCCAGGCACAUCUGGUUUGUUGAUGCCUGAAGAAAGUAGAAGACAAGAAGCCUCCAAUAUUAUUCAGCCAGCAGCAGCUGCUGAUGGGCCACAGACAAGUUUUUCAGACACAGCGAGAGGCAACAACUCUCAGCUGAGAGGGCGUGACGUUCACAGAGAGGUUGCCACCAAUAAUCAGAGUGCACCACUGCCAGUCUUGGAGGAGGCCAGUGGUUUCGGAGAGAUUGGAGAUGCUACUAAUUCCAACAGCAAUUUCUCUGCUGUGUCAGAAAAUGCUUAUGAUUCUCCACUGAUUACUAGUUUUUCUCAGGUAGAUUCCAGCUUCUUGGAAGCCAUUCCUGAAGAGUUACGAGAGGAAUUGAGGCAAGACCUGGAGCGCCGUAAACAAGCAAGGGAAGCAGCUCCACCAUUGCCAGGAGCCAGAAGUGUUAGAGGGUCACUGGUCGGGUCUGGAAAUGGCCGAGGCCGAGGGCGGGGCAGGCCCAGGGGGCGGCGAGGGCGAGGGAGCAAGGCAGACUCACGUCAGGUGGGAGAAGAGGGUCUGGUCACCCUGACAAGCUUGAUUCUCGGCAAUGCAGAGCCACAAAACUUCAGAAUCAAGAAGAAUAUUUCUGUUGGUAAGAAAGGAUGUGUACCACCUGAGCCCCAAAGACCUGCGUCAGCCAUGUCACCAAGUAAAGAGAUAAAAGAAGAGCCUAAGAUGGACACUAUGCCAUACUCUCCUUCAGCAGGCACCAGUGAGCUGCUGCCAACAAGUGAUGAGAGGAAGGAAGAGCAAAAAAUAAGGGCUGAGGUCGUUCCUGAUCUCUGUGGAAUGAGAAGUCUACCGGAUGUGAAGUCUGUGAUUCAGGCUUGGGUGGCAUCAUGUGCGUGUCCCGAGGAUGAAGACGCAGACAUAUUGGGCAGCUACUUCACCAGCCUCAUCACACACCACGACCUGGAGAAGUUGGACUGCCUAAUCAAGUACCUGUACAGGCAGAUCCUGCGAACACAUAACAAACUCUGGGAGUCGGCGUACCAGGUGGUGAUCAGCCAGGUACAGGCGGCCAUGCUGGAGGUUCAUGGAGCCAAGCUGAAGGUGAAGCUCUUUGAGAACUCCUGAGCCUCAAGUAACCCAACGGUGCUCUGGCUGUCUUCAGACUGAUGGUUACCUUUUUUUGUCCUGAGAAGCUUGUUCCCAAAACUAAGAGAGACAAAAAAGGUUGCAGGACAAUGUGAGCAGGCAUUGAAAAUGAACCUGUUUUCUUUUGAAACAAUAUUGCAUUGUUCAACUACUGAGGAAGAUAUACUUCAUAACUCACAAAGUGAAAACAUGUGCCAAACAUCUUUCAUUAUUAUGUUUUCAUGCAUUGUGAAUGCUUGUCUCGGUGAAAAAUAUAUUUAUGCUAUUACCUCAGUUGUAUUAUAAAGUCAUACACUGUUUAGUACCUGAUAUAUGUAAGGUCAUACACUGUUUAGUACCUGAUAUUUCUAUUACUAUGUUAAGUUCAGUUGGUGUGGCCUUAGCCAGACACACCUCAUGCAGGACUUAAUGGAAGGCAUUUCUGCAUUUUGCCACGGCCAUUGUCAGGGCAGGGCUUGUGGGCUUUAUUUAGUCGUGAUUUUUUUUUUGUCUAACCCUAAAUCUCUGAGAAUGUUUGGUUAGUUUAUAAUAGUCUUCAGAUGGCAGGAAAUACUAUAUGAGAGAGUCAAAGUAAAAAUUUCUACGGGGAGCUUGCCCCCAUACUCAGCCAGACCUUGUAUGCUUGUUGUUUGUGGUUUUACAGAACUGGGAUAAGCCACAACAUCCUGGAUGUCUAUCAGUGGCCCUACAUUUCACCACAGGAAAAUUGUUGAAGUGAUUGUCAGCAGUGCAUAGUGACGUAAAGCAUCAACAGUCUUCCUGUCCUAAAAGCUUCCUCCGAGAGAUGUUAUCAGUGGUGUGUGUGUGUGUGUGUGUGUGUGCUUCAGGGAACACUCAACAUUCUCGGUAAAGUCACUUCAGCUAAUAAAGAGCAGCUUCCUGUGAUGCAUUACCAGCAGUCUUGGCACAGGUAAAGCUGCUGCCGGUGAUGCCUGACUGUGAUAAACCUUGAUUCCUUGUAACCAUUAGCAUGAAGAGAUCUAAGUACAAUUUUAUCCAUUUAAUUGUAUUGUCAUAAGAGAAUAAUGUAUGUAAUAAUUUUGUAUGUAAAUCGAAUAAACAGAUCUUAUUAACAGUUACAGACUUU